CGACGCUCCUGGAGAUCUCUCCGCACCACGAUCCAGGAUGGGUGGCAGAGCAGGGAGAAGACAGAAGGGAGUCGCAGCAAUAAUCGACGAAUUGAUUCGUGGACUUCCCAGCUCCAAAUGGAGCCAGGCGUUGCACCUGCUUGGCCUCCUAUUUAGCCUUUUGGCCCAAGUAAGCUUCCUCGUCUCGUUCGGCGUGAGCUUCAAGAAGCAAAGCUACGACCAGUCAGCUGUGGCGUUGUUUUUCGUCCUCGGCUUCUGCUGCGUCGAUUACGGUCUUUGGAUACGCGGCCGGCGUGGAACUGAGGCCAUGGUGAGUCUCGCGUCUCUAGUGGAUGUACUAAGAAGCAUCGAGACUCUUGCUCAAGACAAAGCCACGACUGCCGUCGAAGACAAGCCAGGACGUCGGAGGGCGUUGCUGAUGGAACGCGUUCUGCAACCACUUGCCAUCGUGUCGCGCACUCAGUCGGCCGCUGUGUCCGCUGUGAUGGUGGGACUGUUCCUGGUGAGUGGCAGCCACUUCUUGCCGCACUGGCCGACCGGGAACGGCCACGACCUGUGGGAGGUGGCAUUCAUGCUGCUGCACAGUGGGCUCAUCUGCCUGGGUGGCACGCCGUACGUGAUCCUGAUCGCGUUGAGUUGGAUGUCGUCUCUGAGUAUGGAUGUCACGCUGCACCUCUUGGCGGACAACGUGCGGGAGGCCCGUGCUUGGCAGGAGCUUCUGCCCAUCAUUCGCCUGCACCAACAGCUCCACGAUGCGUUCGCAAGAGUGCAGGGCUUCUUCGCCGAGGACAUGUCCGUCUUGACGCGCAUCGUGUUCGGGCUGGGCGUGAUCGGCCUGCUGCGCGCGGCGCUGGGCACGCAUGACAUGACGAACCUGGCCAUCGUGGCCCUGAACUUCUCGCACAUCGCCAUGGCCUGCCUGUCCGGCGAGCUGCAGGAGUCGGCCGGCGACGACUUCCACGACGCGCUGUGCGGCUGCGACUGGGCGGCGUGGCCGGUGGCGGACCGCACCGCCCUGCAGAUCGUGCUCACGCGCACCAUCACGCCAGUCCAGGUCAAGUUCCGGUACUUUGGAGCCAUGAGACUGGUUACUCUCACCAACAUCUUCAACAGUCUAUUCCGAUGUUUACAAGUGUUAAGAGCUAACCUGGAAUCAACAAAGUGGGGUUAAGAUCCGCAGUCUGU